AACGAACAGCUGUACCGACUUCGAGGGUAUGCGGACGACUUUAGCGGGAUCCCGAUUAUCGUGUUCUGCGGGGAUUUCCGCCAGUUCCGCCCGGUCCAGGAGCGGUCCAUCCUUCUCCCCAGCCAAGUUAUUGCGCACCAGCACGAUAAAGCGCACGCGCUGUGGAACAAGUUUACUACGGUCGUGAUGCUCGACGAACAAGUCCGUGCCGCCGGAGAUCCACGACUCCAGCAACUCCUCAGGCGGAUCCGGCACGGCGUACAAGAUCAGUCCGAUAUGGAUUUUCUGAACGACACGUGCUACCAGGAAGGUCGACGUAUCCCAUGGGAGUCCGGCAUCACGGUUAUCACGCCGCUGAAUCGGAACCGCUGGAAUCUGAACGUCGAAGCCACGCUGUCCUUCCAACGCCAAAGGCAAAGCGUGCUUCGGAUUUUCAUGUCCGAGCACAAGUGGAAAGAUGGCCAGCCUACGGAGGAGGAGGCCCUAAUGCUGUUAAGUCAGGGGGACGACAGCGCCAUCCCCGUCCCCGCUAUCUUUAUGUUCGUCCAGGGGAUGCCCAUCACCGUAAAUCAAAACACCCACCAAGGCCUGAAGCUGGUCAAUGGCGCCCGCUAUACGGCGUUAGACGUCAUCCUCGACCUGAAAUUCCCCGGGCAUCGCGUCAACGCCGAUACCAUGCUCCACUUCGGGCCUCCGGCCGGGAUCGUGCUGGCGUCCGAGACGACGAGAGACUACGAUUUCGUGGGCAUGCCAGCCGGCACCAUCCUCCUGGCACCCGUCAGUGUCAAAAUCGACUCCCAGAGAAAGCGGCCGUGGCAGAUGCACGACGUCAGCCGGCGAGGAUUACCGUGCGCAGCGGCGUUCGCCUCCACGGAUUAUAAGGUGGACAUUAUCGGUAAUCGAGUGCCCGAGACUAUGGUCGCCGCCGAGAAUAGGCUAGAACGGCUGAGCGAGGGGAUGAUUCAAGACGCGGAACGUUGGGACUGGUCAACAGAAGAGGGAUGGACGGUACAUUAAGGGGAAGUAAACGCGGCCUAGAUAUACAAAGUAGAUUGGCUAGCAGAGCGCAAAUAGAGCGAGAGACAUUGAAAACCGACCCUUUGUAACAUUGAUCGCUUAAUGAUGGGGAGACUUCGCCUCUUUUUUUUCCCUCGCAUCCCUCCUCUUUUUCUCGAGUCUUUAUGAUCGGAGUCAGUCUUGACAAUCAGAGUCAAGUCUCAACGAUCGGAUUGAGUCCCGACGAUCGGACUCAGUCAGGCGCGGGGUCAGAAUCAGGCGGUGUCAGCGAACGGCGAGUGAACGAUGCCGAGCGUGUAG